AUGAGAGAUAAACAAGGCGCGGCCACCACCGACCUCGAUUUCGACGCGGCACAUCCGAGAUACACCACACACGUACAGCAUCUCGCUCAAAAACCUGCUCACGUGGCUACUGUUACAUUCAAGGGACAGCUAACUCAGUUCCAAGAAGCCGAAGAUGCCAUUUCUGGAGGACAUCCCGCAACAGAAGCCAUUCUGAAUGAUGUCGCCCAGAUCCUAUUGGGCCUGUUUGUUCCAUGGCAUGAUUUAUCUGCGAUCUUGAGCCAGUUUACAUCUCAAGAAAACAUAUACUCCAUAGUGUGGACCAUUGCGCAACCAACCCUCGCACCGCAUAAUCGAGAAUUCGCUGCGAAUAUUGAGCUUCUUCGCAAGUCUAAAGAAGACUGCCAGGCAGAUGCGAAGUUACGUGCAUCGACUCAUCUGGACGACGAUUUUUUUGACCGACAGAUUGUUGAUCUCGACCAAGGAAGUUUCGAUUCUGAUAGUGAUGAGCACGAUGACGACUUCCAGGCUCAGAGUGAGAACUUUACCGCAGAGACUCUGAUCGCCGCCUACCACACAAUCGGACAAGUCUGGAGCCGAGAGUCAACUAUCACAGCGCACCGAAUCCCUGCAUUGGCCCGCGGAACAACACCAGGGCGGAAUAUCCAACACUUCAACCCGCGACCAAUUACCAUUCCCAAUUCCUCUGCCAAUGAUAUCUUGGGUGUCAGAUUUCUUCCACCUUCCGUACUACAAUGCUGGGAACGUCGUCUCGAAUGCCUUGCGAGCACGAAAGACAAUGCUUCCAUCGCUGAACAGCAGAACUCGUCCUUCCAGCUAGAUGAUUUCGACCAAGACAUUGGAGAUGGCUUCCUACAACCUAUGCUAGUAGACUCGGACGUGUUCCACUCUCUACAGGAUCGUCGAUUUCAGCUUGGUGAGAAUCCAACAGCCGCCUCUCUGGUAUCUUCAGUUGGUCAAGAUAUUCCUCUCAACAGCAAGCAACGAUUGAUCGUGGAAAAAAUAUUAGCCGAAGCUUUGGCAUGCGCAGACCAUCCAUAUGACUCUUCUCGACGGAAGCAACUCCUACUCUGCAUCACAGGAGAAGGCGGCACAGGGAAAUCGCAGAUUCCCAAGGCCAUUGUCGCCGCCAUGGACCUCCUUGGUCGCAAGGAUGAGAUUAUGCUGAUGGCCCCGACAGGAGCUGCUGCAGACACCAUCGGUGGGAAUACGUAUCAUACAUCUCUGGGCAUCUCUAUCAAUCGCCUGCAGAAGAGCUCAAUGGGCUCCCACGUCAGAAGUCUCUGGGCACACAAGACCAUUAUGUUCAUCGACGAAAUGAGCAUGAUGGACUUGACCAUGCUCAGUGUGGUUAACAACCAUUGCAGGAUUGCUCGUUCACUGGACAGGUCCUCCACUGAACUUUUUGGGGGACUACCCGUGGUCAUUCUCAUGGGAGACUUCUUCCAAUUCCCUCCAGUGCGAGGUCCCGCUCUGUGGAAGGAACCAAGAGACGGCAACGAUGAAGAUGUGAACGGCCAAAUGAUUUGGCAUCAAUUCAAACAAGUCAUCAUCUUGGACGAACAAAUGAGACAAUCAGAAGACCCUUCCUUCCAUAGCCUUCUCACGCGAGCGCGGCGAGCAGCUCUCACACAACGAGAUGUAGAUCGACUCAAUUCCAAAGCCAUCAGUUCACUUCUAGAGCCUCGGUUGGAAUGUGCCACUGCCAUAACCAAGCUAAACUCCAUUCGACAUCUGAUAAAUCGCACCCAGAUAGAGCAUUUUGCAAUCACCAGAUCUCAGACCAUUUGUGUCUUUCCUGCCGAGCACAGCCGUAUCAAAACCAAAAACGCCACCAAAACGCGGCUACGGGCCGAAGACCUGCUCCAGCAACCUGACCAAGGGACAAAGAUCCCAUUCCCUGGUCUCUUUCUCUAUACCCGAAACAUGCCAGCCGUGAUACUGACCAAUAUUUGUUCCCGUAUUGGCCAAGUGAAUGGCGCGUUGGGAACGGUGGUGGGUGUAGUACUAGACCCGACAGGCAAGUCGUCUUUCUCCCGAAAAUAG